ACAUUGGACCCCACAAUGGCGGUUUGAUCCAAUCAAAAUGGUCUCAAAUUUCACUUUCCAGUUUCCACUUACUUCACUUCAUUCAUUCCUCAAAAUGGCAGUUCCUUUUCACUUCCUUCUUCUUCUCCUUCUCUCAACUUCCAACUUCUCCUCCGCCACCUACAACAUCGGCGUCAACUACGGCACCAUCGCCAACAACCUCCCACCACCCACAACCGUCGCCACUUUCCUCAAAACCCAAACCACAAUCACCCACAUUAAAAUCUUCGACACAAACUCUUCCAUCCUCCGUGCCUUCGCCAAUACAAACAUCUCCGUCACCGUAACUGUCUCCAACGCCGACAUCCCUUCCCUCACAAAACUCCCCUCCGCUCAAAAAUGGAUCACCACCAACAUCCUCCCUUUCCACCCCAAAACCAUCUUCAACCGUAUCGCCGUCGGUAACGAAAUCCUCGCAACUUCAGACAAAACCUUAAUAGCACACAUUCUUCCUGCCAUGAAUGCACUUCAUCAAGCUCUCACUCUUUCAAAUCUCACUCACAUUCAAAUUGUAUCUCCUAACUCACUCGGCAUUCUCUCUUCAUCCUCACCACCCAGCUCCGCCGCUUUCCGCCGUGGCUACGACGUUACCAUCUUCACUCCCAUACUCAAAUUCCACCGUGAAACUAAAUCACCUUUCAUGAUUAACCCGUAUCCGUUUUUCGGUAUUUCAUCAAACCAACCCGACGCACUUAACUACGCUUUGUUUAAACCAAACGGUGGCGUUUUUGAUAAAGCUACUGGAAUAAACUACACGAACAUGUUUGAUGCUCAAAUGGAUGCGGUUUAUUCGGCGAUGAAGAAAGUGGGUUAUGGUGACGUGGAUUUGGUUGUUGGUGAAACGGGUUGGCCAUCUUUGGGUGACCCGGGUCAACCCGGUGUUAGUUUGGAAAAUGCAGUUUCUUAUAAUGGGAAUCUUAUUAAGCAUGUUAAUUCUGGGAAAGGAACUCCUUUGAUGCCUAAUAGGACUUUUGAGACUUAUAUUUUCUCAUUGUUUAAUGAGAAUCUUAAACCUACUAUUUCGGAGCAGAAUUAUGGGUUGUUUAAACCGGAUCUUACCCCGGUUUAUGACGUUGGAGUUUUAACCCAAAAACAUCAGCAGGCAAUGGGACCCGCAUCAGGGCCAACAGCAAUGGGUCCUGCAUCUGGGCCCACGGCAAUGGGGCCAUCAGAGUCACCGGAAUCGUCUCCUUCAAAGAAAUGGUGCGUGCCAAAGACGAAUGCUAGUGAGAAAGCGUUGCAGGCAAACAUUGACUAUGUGUGCAGCCAUGGGAUAGAUUGUGGGCCCAUAAAGAAUGGUGGGCCGUGCUAUAAGCCCGAUUCACUUAGGUCCCAUGCGGCCUACGCCAUGAACGCAUACUAUCAGAAAUCUGGCCACCACGAUUCUGACUGUGAUUUUGGACACACUGGAGUUAUUACUCACACAGACCCUAGUAGUUCCGAGACAUGUAAGUUUCCAUAUGCAGCUACAAGUUCAGGGCCAAAUGUCAAAAAGCCUGAUACAGAUGGUGGCUCACUCAAAUCUGCCACUUCCAAACUUAGAUUAUAUCACUUCUUAUUUCAUCUUCAAUUUCUUAUUAUUCUCUGUUUUCUUUAAUUUAUUUCUAUAAUAUUUAUGUUCCUAGUUAAGAUUAUGGUUAAGAUAUGCGAUUUGGAAGUAGAUGUUUUUUUUUUUGGGUUCCUCUCGCAUCAACUUGACCUAGGAAGGGUAUUUGUAUUUUGUAAACUAAUGCACACAUUGAUAUUAUAUGUAAUUUAUAGUAUUUUAUAAUCGUGACUGAAAAAUGUGGACUGCGGAUAAGAAUUUUAUGAAAUUGAUUUGUGGGAA